UAUUUAAAUGACGUGGAAAUAGUAGGAGCUGCUCUUCUGUUCAGGCAGCUCGAACGCACUGGAGGCAGGCAGAUGUAAACGUGAAGUGUAACAAUAACACAAGUAGAUAUCAAUGGAAUAGUAACAAUGGACAGUCACUGGUUGUUGCUGCUUACCUUGGUACUGUUAGGUUUCCAACAAGGUUUAGCGAAGCCUGUGAUCAAGCCAAGUUUAUCCAGUCUAGUUGUAAUCAAAGGGGGGAAAAUUGAACUUCAAUGCCAGGAUAACACUGGUGUGCAGUGGUUUUUGGAACGGUCUAGACGGAUAAACUUGAAAAGAAAUGUGAAGAUGGAGGGUGGUUACAGUAAAAUUGUUAUUACAAAUGUAGAACCCAGAAACAUGGGUAGAUACAUUUGCAUCAGUAAUAACUCUUCCCUUGAGAGCUCUGUCUACGUGUUUGUAAAAGAUCCUGAAAAUCUUUUUUAUCCUUCAAUUGUUACGGAUCUUUCAGUAAAGGAAGGAGAGGAUCCAGCUGUUCGUUGUCUUGUAACAGACCCUGAAGUCACAGACUUCAAACUGGAGAGGUGCGGGGAGAAUCCACUUCCCAAGGAUCUAAAAUUUGUUGUUGAUAUUGAGAAGGGUAUCACCAUUAAAAAUGCGCAGAAGAGUUUUGAGGGAUGCUAUAUUUGUUCUGCCAAACAAAAUGGAGGGAAGAUAUGGAAGUCGAAAUCAUACAAUUUAAAAGUGUAUCCGGCUCAGGUACAGCCUCCAGUUAUUAGUCUUGAUAAAGUUGAAGUUAUUCUAAAGGAAGGUGAGGCGUUUGAAGUUAAAUGCAAAACUCUUAAUGUGGAUCACGAGAUGGAGAUGAAGUGGAAUUAUCCCAAGAAUGCGGCUCCAAUAAAAAAAAAUAACUCUCGUUCCAAACUAAACAUCUUUGAAAUGGAAUCAACUCUGCACAUUGACUCUGUAAAUACCACUGAUUCUGGGAAUUAUGGAUGUGAAGCAAAAAAUCACUUUGGAUCCUCUUCAGCCUCAAUGUUACUGAAUGUUUUAGAGACAGGAUUCAUAAACAUGUCUAUUCCUGGGGACAGAACUAUCGAAGUUAACACUGGAGAAACCCUUAUUCUGCCAGUAGAAUUUACAGCAUACCCACGGCCUGACAAACUGUACUGGAUGUACAUGAAUGUAACUUUACAGAAUGACUCUGACCAUUUUAUCACUUCAGAUGAAAAUGGCUAUAGGUACAGCAGCAAACUGAACCUCGUGCGUUUGACAGGAACAGAAGGAGGGAAUUACACUUUUCAUGCAUCCAGUUCAGACACCUCCUCCAGUAAAACAUUUACAGUUCAUGUCAAAAGUAAGCCAGAGAUAAUCUCGCAAGACGGACCAAUUAGUGGCAUAGUCCGGUGUAUCGCAGCCGGCUACCCAGUUCCUAAAGUGUCCUGGUACUAUUGUCUGGGCCCUCAAAAGCGCUGUUUUGGCCAACCCAAUGCUACUAAGGAGGAGGGCGUCAACAUCAACCUAUCGAGCCCAGCCUUCGGCAGAAGACAAAUCGAAAGCAGAAUGAAUGUUUCCAAGCUGCAUAGAAAUAUUACACUGGAGUGCCUGGCUCAGAGUGAUGCUGGACAGGAUUAUUAUAUAUUUAGAAUAGAAAUAGAAGAGAGGACAGUAGCCCAUGAACUCUUCACUCCUUUGCUGAUCGGGUUUGUAGCAGCAGCAGCAGUGCUCUGUGUUAUUCUUGCAAUCCUCAUUUACAAGUAUAGUCAGAAACCAAAGUAUCGGAUUCAGUGGAAAGUCAUUGAAGGAAUGAAUGGAAAUAAUUAUGUCUAUAUUGAUCCAGCCCAACUACCAUAUGACCAUAAAUGGGAGUUCCCCAGGGAUAAACUACGCUUCGGUAAAACACUUGGUUCUGGCGCUUUCGGAAAAGUUGUGGAGGCAACUGCUUAUGGGAUGUCAAAAGCUGACAGUGUGAUGACCGUUGCUGUAAAAAUGCUGAAACCAAGUGCCCAUUCCACUGAGAAGGAAGCUCUGAUGUCAGAACUCAAGGUCUUGAGCUACCUUGGACAUCACAUGAACAUUGUCAAUCUACUAGGAGCCUGCACUGUGGGAGGUCCUAUACUGGUAAUCACCGAGUACUGCUGUUUCGGUGACCUUCUGAACUUUCUGAGAAGGAAAAGAGACUUGUUCUUUUGCUCCAGUUUUGUAGAAGAAUCACAUUACAGGAAUAUUCUGUCUGAAGCAAAAAGUGAUGAUAGUAAAAGUGGCUACAUGACAAUGAGGCCUUCCAUACCAGGUGCAAGCCCAUUGAAGUCUACAUUAGAGAACAGAAGAUCAGUAAGGAAAGGAUCAUACAGUGAUAAAGAUAAUGAAAUGUUGCAAGAUGAUUCAAUGGCCCUGGACACAGAAGAUCUUUUGAGUAUUUCUUAUCAAGUUGCUAAAGGAAUGAGCUUCCUUGCUUCCAAAAAUUGUAUUCACAGAGACCUGGCCGCAAGGAACAUUCUUAUUACACCAGGGCGAGUGGCUAAAAUUUGUGACUUUGGUCUGGCUAGAGACAUUAAAAACGAUUCCAACUAUGUUGUUAAAGGCAAUGCACGGCUUCCUGUAAAGUGGAUGGCUCCAGAAAGCAUCUUUGAGUGUGUGUACACGUUUGAAAGUGAUGUCUGGUCUUAUGGCAUAUUACUGUGGGAAUUAUUCUCUUUAGGCAGCAGCCCUUAUCCUGGAAUGCCAGUAGACUCCAAGUUCUACAAGAUGAUCAAGGAAGGAUAUAGGAUGGUUGGACCUGAAUUUGCACCCAAUGAAAUGUGUGAUAUAAUGAAGGCAUGCUGGGAUGCUGAUCCAUUGGAAAGACCCUCAUUUGAACAAAUUGUAGAGAAGAUUGAACAGCAGCUAUCAGACAACACAAAACAUAUCUAUUUAAACUUUUCAACCAAAUUUUCCAACACAGAGGAUCUGGCUGCCCACUCCUUGCGGCUCAAUUCUGUUGGCAGCAGUAAUGCGUCUACGCAGCCUCUUCUCCUGGGUGAUGAUGUAUUCUUUGAAGACGAACAGAGACAUGAGAGAGCAUGAUCUCACAAACUCUCUUUGUUCAGUGCAUGGCAACAAACCUGUACAGAGGAACGAGUGUCUAAGAAAACUCGAAUGGGCAUGAACACCCUACCGCCACCCCCCUCCCAGAAACAUUGCAGACCAAAAGAUCUUGUGAACCGGUGACAGUGUAUUUAAAAAGUAACAAUAAUGAGGAAACAUAUUUAUUAACAAAACAAUGCUGCCUUUUCAGUUCAAAAACUUGGCUAAUAUUGCAUAACUGGUAACAAAUUACAAAAUACUUAUUGUUUGUUGACAACGGUCUGUAAAUAAAUUACAUUUCAAGUGGAAAUUAUCAUGAUAUUAAGGUUAAAUAAAAAAAAAAAAAUGCUUUUGGGAUACAUAUGACUAUUCUGCUUUUAUACAUUUCAGUUUAAAAUGUAAAUAUUGAAUGCUUGUUAGUUGUAUUUUAUUAUAUUAAUUUGUUACAUUAUGUAAGUGCUGGAAGCAGACCGUCUAGACCUAUUACUGUGGGAUGGAGACUAAAACAAACUAGAAACAAAGCAAGUUCUUAAGUUAGAAGCUGUGUACUGUAUCAUGUUAUUGCAAGCUAAUAUGCGUCGUAUACAUUUCAAUAUGUUCUAGAUUUUGGAGAUGUUUUGAUCUUUGCAAGUUCAAAGACUAGUUUACUUGGUACAGUACUGUAUGUAUCAGACUUACUUAUUCCAGCUGUGCGGCAAGAGGCAAGAUUCCUUGUUGUAAUGCUCCAAAAAAGCAAGAUUUCCAUGUAAAAAGAACGGACAUUAUUUUUGCAUUGUGUAUUUAUUCUUUAUAAUUUUAAGCAUUGUUGCACUCAAAGUUAUAUAUAUUUUUUGUUUAAAUUGUGUUGUUUUUUUGCUGUUUUUUAUGGAGGUGCACUAUAUAGUAUUUAAUGAGUCAUAUGGUAUAUUCUGUGUUGGAGACAUAUCAAUGUCAUUAACCGUCAACUGUGAGAUUGUGUUAAAUGAAUUAUAUGCACACAACAGAAGUGCACACAAUAGCAGUAAAUCAGGAUGUAAAAAUGCGUUUGGAUUAGAUUUCAGAGGUUUGGUAAUAACUCAGGUCAUCUUUGAGCAUUGUUGAUAGUGAUGGUGAUGUCAGGAAUUCAGUAUUGGUCUGUUGUAAUAGAGCCUUGUGACAAGGCCAAGUGUUGCUGCCAUUUAAACUUUUGGAAACUUGAAAAUAUGCACUGGUUGAUUAGACAGACCUUUCUUUUAUAGUUUUUGUCCAACUGUUUCCUCACAAGGAAGUUUCACUUGGAUUGAGGAAGCUAAAUUUUCAAUACAUCAGAUUUCAUCACUGCAGAAACAAAGAGUCGCGUACGCUUCCCUUAACUGAGUAAAUAAGGCAUUGUGUAAAAGAAUUUCACUAAGUAGUAGACUUUGGUACAGCACAUUUUAGAACGAUAGGUUUUUUUUUUUUUAAAACCAGCUAUACUAACAAAAUAUUGAAAGCUUAAUUUUAUUGCAGUUGAAAUGUGCCUUCACACAAGCCUACAUUACUGACUUCUAGAAGAAAGCUAAUUCUGCUUCUUAUUAAACUACCCUCCUUCACAUCAGAGUUUCUCAAACUUUAAGACAUAUAGGAAAAGUUCAGGUAAAUCCUUAAUGUGUAUCUCACCAAAACAGCAAAAAACUUUUCAUACAGACAAACGUUGCUAUGCCAUGGGUAAAACAAGCCGUCAGCCAUUUAUUUUAUCUUUCCCCACCAAGAAUAUCAUUUAAAAAUAAAAUAUAUAUGUAGUGUGUAUCUUAAAUGAAAACACAGUCUAGUUUUGUCUCCAAUAUUUCAUAACGCUGUAGGGAAAAAGUAUUCACUGUGCACACAUACUGUACUUUACACUCUUUUAGUGUUGCAUUUUUUUUCUGUAAAUAAAUGUUUUAAGCUUCUGACAUUAAGGCUUUUGGCACUGUAAAUAUUGAGAAAGUUAUUCUGUUGUCAUUUCUGUAUAUUUUGGUUAGUAUGCCAUACUAUUUCACAAUGACACAUUCAAUCAAGUUUGUUAAUUAUAAUUAUUUACUGUAUAUUGUUUUUUUCAGCUUCGAAGAUUGUUUUUUGUAACUAUUGAUGUUAUUUUCUGCUAUCAAAGCCAUUACAAAAACUUUUCAUUGCAUUAUUUAAAAUGAUGACUUGUUGAAUGGUCCUUUUGUGAUUGUAUUUGGUGGGCUGGCUUUUCAAAAUGUUAGACUGUACAAUGACGCAUGUUAACAGUUUUCAUUUGUUUCAAUCUAUUGGCUUUGGUU